AUGGACGAGAACCUCAACGAAAAAGAAAUCCAGGAGUUGGAGGAGGUUCUCAAUACCAAAAUAUAUCCUGGAACGGAGAUUUUGAAAGAUGUGGGCAAUUAUCACUUCGUGAAGAAUGGGGGAGGCAACGACAGCAGAGUCUUGGUCCCGCAGCCAACAGACGACCCCCAUGACCCCCUGAACUGGAGUCCCAUGUGGAAGGGGAUCGCUAUGGGCUGUGCUACCAUGCUUUCUGUGACUCUAAACUUGGGACCGCUUGCCAAUGCGCCUCUGUUCGGUGAUUACAUGAAGGAAUGGAAUUGCACGCUUGAAGAAGCCGUCCAAUUCACAGGUGUUACAAUCCUCGUGCUUGGCUUCAGCAAUUUCCUUUGGGUUCCUCUCGCCGCUACUUUUGGGCGUCGGCCUGUCAUGAUAUUCAGCACUCUUAUAUGCGCUGUGUCUUCCAUUUGGAGAGCUCAAGCCACAAGCUACAAUUCAUUUAUGGGUGCUGCAAUCCUCAAUGGUGUGGCAGCCGGGCCGUGCGAAACGCUGCAGCCACAGAUUAUUGCCGACAUCAUCUUCCUCCAUGACCGGGGAAAGUAUCAGACUCUUUAUUUCACGAUGUAUUUCGGGUCUCUCAUGGUUGGCCCGAUCAUUGCAGGAUCCAUGGCUUUCAAUCUCGGCUGGCGCUCUUUCUGGUGGUUGAACACGGGGCUUCUAUUCCUCUCACUUAUUGUGAGCCUGGCUUUUCCUGAGACACGCUAUCACCGCGUUUACGACUCCAAUCCUCGGGUGGCUCCCGAGCCGUUGACCCAACCUCUGGAGACGGGAUCUCAGAAAGGAAAGACUGAUCCCAACGCCAUCGAACAUAGCGAACAGGAUAAAGACUCUUUAGGGUCGGCUGCCAAGGAUGGAGGACUGGCACCGGUGCUCACCCACCAGGACCCCUGGCUAGGACGAGGCAAGCCAAGUAAGGCCCAGUUCAGACUGUAUCAGCCAUUCAGCAAAGACCAGGUGAAGGUCCUGCUGCGAGAACUUUGGGUUCCGUGGUAUCUUCACCUGUUCCCAAUCGUGGAAUUCGCCUCCUUCGCCGUCUCAUUCACUGCUAGCGGGUUCCUCGUGGCCAAUCUGUCCGAAACCCAGGUUUUCGCUGCUCCACCUUAUAAUUACUCUGCUCAGACAAUAGGCUUGUUCAAUCUAGCUAUACUUGCCGGGGCGCUUAUAGGUUUGUUUACUAACGGUCCAUGGUCGGACUGGGUUGCUGCAUACUUCACGAAGAGAAACGGCGGUAUACGAGAGCCCGAGAUGCGACUACCUGCGAUGAUCCCCUACGUUUUCAUACUCAUUAUUGGCACUGUGGUCAUGGCAGUGGGAUACGAUGAUCACUGGGCUUGGCAAGUCAUAGUAAUUGUAGGAUGGGGCUGCCUGGGGAUACAGGUUGCAGCACUUCCCGCAAUUGCUUCAACGUAUGCAAUCGACAGCUACAAGCCAGCCACUGGCUCCUUGUUCGUCGCUAUCACUGUUAACAAGAAUGUUUGGGGAUAUGGAGUGAGCAAGUUCCUGACUCCGUGGGCUGAGAGUAGCGGGUUUAAGGUGCCUAUUCUCGUGAACAUGGCGCUCAUUGUGUUCUUCUGUUCUACAGGCAUUAUCUUUUGGUUCUGGGGCAAGAAGAUGAGGGGCAUGACAAAGAACUCCAUUGUGCACCGCCUUUAA